UAAACAACAGCUGUUUCUGAAGGAUACUGCAGCAAGUCACAACAAUGUAAACAAUCACAUUACAACAAUAUUUGCGUUUUCGUUAAGUGUUGGGUCGAAACAAAACGACAAAAAUGUACAUUAAAAUGAAUAUAGUUUAGUGGUUGUAGUAUUUAAGGAUCGAUCAUCUGUACUUAUCUUCGGAUUUUUGAAAUUGUUAAUGUCAUGUAUGUAAGACUCUAACGGUCACUCUACUAGCCUAGCCCGAGUUUUCUCUGACCAUGAAACAUACACCAGACAGUGUCAAGGGCUCAAGGCCAUCGGAAACUCGGGCUUGUACUGUACUUUACGGCUGUCAGUAAUUUUUGGAUGACUUUUAAUUAACAAGUUCUCCAAAAAUGACUACUUCAUGAAUUGUUUAACAACUAUCAAUAUUUUAUUGGAUAAUAGUUUUAGGAAAACAAUUAGUGUAUGCAGUUUUUUUUAAAGAAUACGUUUUAUAGGCGUUAUGUAAAUGAUAUGUCUUUCAGAGUGUUUCCUUGAAAACUGCAAUAAAAACAGAGUAGGAACAACAAUUGCAUAGGAUAACAGCUACAAUACAUGAGAUAAUUACAUUAACGGGACUGGAUACAGAUGAUAUUUAAGGAGUUGGAACUUAAAUUCUGAACUUCUGGUUUACUAUAUAUAUAUAUGCAUUAUAUAUAUUGACCACAAGCUAUAUAGGAGUGUAUAUCAAUAUAAAAUUGUAGGCCAAUUUAUUCACAUUGAUCUAUUAAAGUGGUAACAUUAUCUUCAAACGUUUGAUUUAUAAUUACAAUCAAUGGUCCCUUUUGUAAUUAAUGUAUGCAUUUAAAUGUUAUCCUUUCAACAAGUGAUCAUGCUGUAUCCAAAAUUAACUGGACAGAAAACAUAUGCGAUAUUGAGGAAAACGAAACAGAUAUGGAAAAAGUGGCUAUCAACUCUAAGCAUUACAGAUGAGAACAACUUGGAUUUCAUUCAUAAGAUUAAAAGAUCAGAGAUUACUGGGUUACCUAUAGUUCAUCACCAUGGUUAUGUAAGUGACCUACCAAUCAAACACCGGUUUGCUAUGAGGAAGUUCCAUGGUGUCAUGAGAUAUUUAAGGAAAGACAAUGUGAUAUCGGCUAAGCAGGUGGUUGAGCCAGAAUGGAUAGAUAAGUCUGAUAUAGGUACGGUACACACACAGGAUUAUGUACAUAGGUUUUUGAACGGCCUGACAACAAAGCAAGAACAACAAAUCACAGGAUUUGAAUGGAAUGCAGGUCUUGUCAGCCGAUGCAGAUAUGAAGCAGGUGGAACACUGUUAGCUGCAAAAUUGGCCCUGGAAAGGGGCGUGGCCUGUAGCACUGGGGGAGGAACUCAUCAUGCUUUUCCUGGAUAUGGUUCUGGCUACUGUCUCAUCAACGACCUUGCUAUCACUGCCGCAACCUUGAUCAGGGACAAAAUGGUUGACAAGGUCCUCAUAGUCGACCUGGAUGUUCAUCAGGGAGAUGGCACUGCAGCUAUAUUCCAACACAAUGAUGAUGUGUUCACAUUUUCUAUGCAUUGCGGUAAGAACUUUCCACACAGAAAACAACUGAGUGACCUGGAUGUAGAUUUGGACCCAGGAACAAAGGAUGAGGAAUUCCUGGAAAGUUUAUCAACACAUAUACCUUGGGUGAUUAACAGCUUCCGUCCUGACCUCAUAUUAUUUGACGCUGGUGUUGACCCACACAUAAAAGACGAAUUAGGAAAAUUGAAUCUUUCUGAUCAAGGAUUAUUUGACAGAGAUAGCUUUGUGAUCAAUGCAGCAUUCGACCUCGGCAUCCCCAUAGCAACCGUAAUAGGAGGAGGUUAUCAGAGAGACCUGGAUGUGUUGUCAAGGAGACACACUAUCGUACACAGGGCCGCUAUGAAGGUGUGGUGUCAACACAAUAUGACAGUUUCAAUGCAUGUGAAGAAUGAUAAGGAUGCAUACCCAGAAUUACGGACCAAGCAAGUGUAAUGCCCUGUUAUCCUGGAGGUACACCGUACAGGCUGAUAAACAUUCUGGAGAUACCAAUUGAUCAUAUAUAAAUAAAUUACCUAGAGCUGUGAUACACAAAGAUCCUACAGAAACACUGGUCCCUGGAAUCAGAACACAAUUCUCUAUGCCAAUCUUGAACAAUUUCGGCCACCUUAUUCUUCAGAGGCCUAAUUCUAGUCGCCUUCUACAUGGAAUCAACAACAAACAGUCGUUAUAGAUUCAACCUUUUAUCAGCUGAUAUACACAGUUUAUAUUAUCACAAUAAAAGAUACUCAAUGUAUGUACACUUGUAUAUAUAUCUAAUAAGGUUAAAAGUAUACAAAUGAUAUUUCAAAUUUAUUGGGAUGGUAAGCUCCAUUUUGUAACAAAUUUUAAGUUUAGUAAUGAAUUGCAGCAAGUCCAUGGCCACGAACAAUGAAUUUAGAUUAACAGAGAUGAUGGAUUAUGAAUGUUGCAUAUACAGAGAAAAAUGAAAAACUGAUAUAAAUUAUAUUUCAUUCUGAUAUUUGGAGCGUGUACCACACUAAACAUAUGAAAAUAUAUACCCCACACUUAAGUUACGGUAAUCUAAUGGAAUUUAACCAGAGCAGUACCAAUGUGUACCAGUAGCUUAAAUGUCAGAUUUUUUUUCAAUUACAGGUAUAUAAUUAUGUGGUAUCUGGAUUUUUUUUU